AUUACCCGGGCGCGCAAUGGCGGAGGUCGCGCUGGAGGGCGCGCUGGUCGGCGCGGCGCUGCUGCUCGGAUCCUACGCGCUGUUCUACUACAACUGCGUCAAGGGCGCGCGGUGCAGGAACGAGACCAGCCUCCGGGGCAGGACGGUGCUCAUCACGGGUGGAAAUGCCGGGAUUGGGAAGGCGACGGCCUUGGAUCUGGCCCGGAGAGGAGCCCGGGUCAUCCUGGCUUGCCGUAACAAAGCGGCGGGCGAAGUGGCCGUCUAUGACAUCAGGAGGGAAAGCGGGAACAAUGAAGUUCUCUUCAUGAGCGUGGACCUGGCCAGCCUGAGCUCGGUGCAGGCUUUCGCUGCCGCUUUCCUGAGAUCUGAGCCUCGUCUCGACAUUCUCAUCAACAACGCCGGCAUUGCCUGUGGAGGCAGAAGCGAGGAUGGUCUCAACCUGGCAUUCCAGGUUAAUCACUUGAGUCAUUUCCUCUUGACUCACCUCCUCCUGGACCGGCUCAAGCACUGUGCGCCCAGCCGGGUGGUGGUGGUCGCUUCCAACGCCUGUCACAGAGGGCACAUCGACUUCCAGAAGGUCCACAGCCCGGUCGAAGGGAAGCUGCUGUCGUUCCAGGCGUACUGCAACAGCAAACUGGCCAACGUCCUCUACGCCCGAGAGCUGGCCAACCGGCUGGAGGGGACCAUUGUCACCUGUUACGCUCUUCAUCCAGGAGUGGUCAAUACCGCCAUCUUCCGCUUCCUGCCUGUCUGGCUGAAGCCCUUUUUCAACCCCAUUGCCUGGCUGUUCUUCAAAGACCCCACAAAUGGCGCACAGACCUCCGUGUACUGUGCCACCCAGGAAGGCAUCGAGACGCUCAGCGGGCGCUAUUUCAGCGACUGCCAGCUGCGAGAGCCCCCUCCGCAUGCCCGCGACGAUGCCCUGGCCAGGAAGCUCUGGGAGUUCAGUGAGAAGCUGCUGGGGCUGACGGCCUAGGCCGCCCCGAAGUGCGAUGGGGCCACCUCGGCUCCAGUAGUGGCACGGUAGCUAGAGAGGAACGCCGUUAGCGCCCAAGAAUGGAAGGAAGGUGUUGGGUGGAGAACCGUCAUCAAACUGUAAGCUACCUCAAGGAAGAACACACGGACUGGCUUCACGCUUCUCAUGUCCUCAAAGACACAUCUGGGCACCUCUGGAGGAUGCCUGCGGGAUGCACAGAGCGGGGCUGACCAAGUCGUGAUAUCCUUGCUGGGGACAGACCCACAAGAACUGCUGUCGCCCACAAAGCCCCGAGAUCCCGUGGGUUCUGUGAGCCAUUCCCUCCCUCCUUGUUCUCUUUUUUCUGCUAUGAGCCGUCAGAGGUCUGUGGAAUGUUUUCUAAUAAAGAGUAGGGCAUUCUUCCUCACUUUGCACCAAC